GGACGGUUGCUGAAUUAAUUUUUGCGGGUCGGCCUCAUGGUAGCUUCAGUCAGAUUUGGGAAACAGGGCAAAAGCGCGGCCGCGGCGUCGUCAUUUUCACAUUCAAACGUCGCCUGGACGUGUCGGUUUGCAACGGGGUCGCCACGGCUUUUCUCGCUCUCGUACUGCUGGUCUCACUGUGUCAUGUAACCUUCACGCCCCGCGCGCGCCGCAGGCUAUCACGAUGAAGCUCCUCCUCCUCCUCGCCCUGCACGGCGGCGCGCACGCGUCGACGCGUCACAAGGCCACCAAGAACGCCGUCGACGAGGCGACCACGCAGCGCCUGGCCGCCGAGGCGGCGUCGGCGAGCGUCAUCAAGAUGCCGGGCGCAGUGGCCAAGUUAUUCGGUCGCGAGGAGGGCGCUGAAGUGCCCGCCAAGCAGGCGCAAGGCCCGGUCAAGCAGCACCAGGACAGGUUCAAGGCCGGAAGCGACGCUCCCGGCAAGGUCGACAUUUACUACCUAGGGGUCGCGGGCCCGCCGGCCGAUUUCGUCCUCGUCGACACCAAGAGCGGCGCGGAGCACCGCAUUCCUAUUGAGGCCGGCACGCACAUCACGUACGACAACUCGGUCUACGAGCACCGCGUCGACGCCCAUCCGGACUCGAAGCGCACGCUGCUGGGCCCGGCGAGCCUCCCGUCGGGCGGGCGGCGCCUCGAAGCAGUUGGUGGUGCCCCGCAAUGGUUCAUCGACGGCUACUGCCCCGAGAAUAUCCAGUGCUCCACGUCCGCGGACUGCGAAGGCUUAGGCCCGGAAGAGUGGAAUAUCAGUCCAUUCAACCGCAAGCUAGUCGAGCAAGCCGAGGCAGGAGGGCGGCGCCUCGACGACACCCCCCCACCGGGGCCCCCAAUCUUGUGCAUCUACGGGCUCGAGCCGCUCGGGUUCGGGGAGGAUCCGGGCAACUUGCGCCGCAACCUCCGCUUCGGCAACUCUGGAGGUGGCAAUGGUUGCUGCUUCCCCUUCUUCCCCUUUGGGCCUAUCGGAUAGGCCAAGAGGAACUGGGGCGUCGGCAUCUGGGAGUAGGCGCAGACUCGUCCAUCAACAAGCCCAUCAUCAAUCCCCCGUAUUAAAUUACGAUUCU